CAGAUAGAAAACUUGAUUUCAUACGGCGAUCAGUUGUCGCCGACACUUGCGUCCAUCAGAUUGAGUUUUUUGUAGAGUCUGUUUUUUACCAAAUUUGAAUUGCUAUCCAUUGAUAGCUAAGUUUGUACCCCUAAACGUUUUCCCAAUGGAAGGUUUCGAGUAUGUGGUCAAUCCACCAGUAUGGCCGAAGGUCGGAUUUCUCAGGAAAAUCCGUCGAGACUCGAGCGGAAAUUUCUGUAGGGAUAGCUACACCACAAAGCUUCCGUCGGUCGCUCCUAAUUCCUAUGACGUGGCCAAACCCAUGGGAUUUAAGUACCCAUCAAAAGCCGGAUUCUCUGCUUUGGCCAACAAGAUGCCACGACUACCACCCUUUCGCGAAUUGGGAUAUCCUCCAAUUGGAUCCUACGCUACCGAUUUCCCCGGAACUCAGUACUACUUCACCUUUAACAAGCAGAUUGUGCGGGAACAAAAAUGGGUGACACCCGGGCCGUCCACCUAUACGCACCACCUCAAAUAUCCGGACUGGGAUGUGGAGACUGCUUUUGGAUCCAGACGCAUCAUCUGGCCGUCGGUGGCGAUAUUUUGUAGUCCCACAAAUAUUGUCAAAUGCUCGACCUGCGGCGAAAAGCCAGUGGGUGACUAUUUCCACAACUUUAGCAAUGAUGCGGACAUGUGCCGCCAAUGCAUGCAUGUCGAGGUGGCGGCGAUCAAGAAGUGCAAUCUCCAGGUGACGGAGCGGUACAGUCGGCGGCAGAAGAUCAAGCAGUUCGUACCCGCCAGGUACUGCGGAUUCUUUCACAAUCACAACCAGACUACGGCCACAAUUGAACGGGAUUCGCGAAAAGUGUUGCGGCAAAAGAUACGCGUGGAAAAUUACCUGUAUCGCCUGAAUGCAAAGAUAGAGUAGAAAUAAAUACCAACGCUUAUUGUUUUUAAUAAA